ACCUACAUCAACAUCACUCGUUGUUAGUUUGAACUGCGGCUGCUGAGGUCUCUGCUCUUACUUGCUUAUUAUUUUCACUUUUACUGGUGGUACUGGGAGCUUUUUAACAUGGCGACGAGUCCAUCAACGUCCCGGAAGAAUGGCCGGAAGAUAGGGAGUAGCCAGAACAUCAAGGUGUUCGUCAGGUGCAGACCUAUGAAUUCUUCAGAAAAGAGUAGUAAAUCGUUUAGUAUUGUAGAAUGCCAGAACCACAAAGAAAUAACUAUUCGAGAAAGGCCAAUGGACAAAUUUGCAAAAACCUUUACAUUUGACAGAGUCUUUGGCCCAGAAUCAAAGCAGAUUGAUGUGUACAAAUCAGUUGCAAAAAACUCUGUUGAAGAAGUUCUCAGUGGGUUCAAUUGCACAAUAUUUGCAUAUGGUCAGACAGGAACAGGAAAAACUUUUACCAUGGAGGGAGAACGUACUCCAGACAAUACAUCGUGGGAUGAGGACCCUUUGGCAGGUGUCAUCCCACGCUGCGUCACCCAUUUGUUUGAUGAAUUACGAAUGCAGAAGUUGGAGUUUUCAAUGCGUGUCUCUUUCCUUGAGCUUUACAAUGAGGAAUUAUUUGACUUGCUGUCUCCUCAUGAUGAUAUGUCUAAACUCAGAUUGUAUGAGGAUUCUAGCCGAAAGGGUUCCUGUAUUAUUCAAGGGUUGGAAGAAGUUCUGGUGCGUUCAAAGUCUGAUGUAUACAGUGUAUUGGAAAAAGGGUCAAAUAAACGUCAAACUGCAGCCACCCUCAUGAAUGCACAUUCCAGUCGCUCCCACACAGUUUUUACCGUUACUAUACACAUAAAGGAAAAUACACUAGAUGGCGAUGAACUUCUUAAGACUGGUAAACUACACUUAGUUGACUUGGCUGGAUCAGAAAAUAUUGGACGCUCAGGUGCCGUAGACAAGCGGGCUCGUGAAGCAGGUAACAUUAACAUGUCUCUACUAACUCUUGGGCGAGUUAUCACUUCACUAGUUGAAAAGGCUCCUCAUGUUCCAUAUAGAGAGUCUAAGCUAACUCGGCUUUUACAAGAUGCUCUUGGUGGGCGAACUAAGACGUCAGUUAUAGCUACAAUUUCUCCAGCCUCUGUAAACUUAGAAGAAACUCUGUCUACAUUGGAUUAUGCCCAUAGAGCAAAGAACAUCCAGAACAAGCCAGAAGUCAACCAGAAACUGAAUAAGAAGGAACUUAUAGGGGAGUAUUCUGAAGAAAUUGAGCGCUUGCGCCGUGACCUGAUGGCCAUGCGUGAAAAGAAUGGUGUUUAUCUUGCCAAUGAAAACUAUCAAGAUAUGGUUAACACAAUGGAAUUGCAGGCCCAGGAAAUAACCGAGAAGAUUGCUCAUAUCCGAGCACUGGAAGAGGACAUGGAAAAGAAAAUGGAAAUAUUUGCAGAAAUAAACCAACGGCUUGAGGAUACCAGUAACGAGCUCAAGAAAACAAAGAUGAAAUUGGACACCACUAAAAACACCCUUGCUUGUACACAGAAGCUCUUGCAUUACACAGCUCAGGAGCGUGAGGAACAGAAGUACCUUGUCUCUGCACAUGUAAAGACAGAAGAAAUUCUGAAGACUCAAGGGCAAGCUUUAGUGAAUGUGGCUGACACUACUACUACACAUUUGGCCAAGCUACAUGAUAAGCUAGAACGAAAAAAAGGCACUCAGAUACGACAGUUUAGAAGUCCCUCCAAACUGUCAAUAUCCCAGACCUCUCCUUCAAAGUGCAGUCAGGUUGAAAGUAAAAAUUUAGAAACUUGUGAAGAGUUCCACCAAUCUUACCUGAAGUGUGUAGAGGCAAUGCGAACAGAUCUGUCAUCAACUGUUGCCCAGCAGAGUGAUGCUGUUCAUAAUAUUGCUUCCCAGUUUGGGAAGUGUGUGAAACAGUGCAGAGAGGAGGUUGUGGACAUAAGUAGUCAGUUGAUGGCUCUUGGGGAAAACCAAGCAUCCCUCAUCAAUUCCUUCCUAUCACUCUAUAAGAACAAGGUUGAAGCACAAGUUGCAUCUUCAAGAGCAAUGAAUGAUCAUGUUGGUCAGGAUUGUGAUCAACAGAAAGCAUGUAUUCACACCUUCCAUAAAAAUGAAUCUCUGCCGAUUUUGGAUGAAAUGGCCUCUUUGAUAUCCUCCCAUUCAACAGUUAUCAAUGAUCUUCAUACAGUGUUAAACAGCAAACUAACUGCCAUAGAUGAUGGGUGUGAAAAUUUCCACCAGCAACAUUGCAAACUAGUUUGCCAGCUGGAAGAAGAGAUGAACGCUCAUUUGGAAAACCAUACCUGUCAUAUCACAGCCUGCCUUGACAUUGUGAAUAACUUGAUAGUAUCAUCAGAAACACAGUCACAGCACCUCUAUUCUGCCUUCAACAGCCUUAAGGCCAAGUUUACGGAGUUAGAAAAUGAUGUUCAGGCAUUUGCGGUAUCUAGUAAUGAAGGCAUGUCAGAUGUACGCUCAAGCCUCAAUUUAGUCCAAGAAAAUACUAAAGCUGCCAACAGCAGCAUGGUACACCUGACAAAAAAUAUUGCCAGUGUGUGUACCACUCAUGCAUCAACUACACACAGUCUUAAGAAUGAGUUACAGAUUACUGUGGAUAAACUACUUAUCCAGAUGGAAAGUGAUGUUCAACACUUGGGAGAGAAGCGCUGCAGUUUGGAAUCCACAGUGGACUGUUUUGCUGGCAGAGCUUACCAAGCCAUGGUUGAUACACAUGAAGCGGUACAGAACCACAGCAAGGAUAUGGAAAGACAGGCAACUGAAGAUAUCAAGAGCACCACAGAAAAACUAGAGACGGCAGUAGUGGAAUUGACACAUGAAGUGGAGAAUAAGAAUAAAGCCUUAGAGGCUGAAAUCCUUAGAUUAGAAGCAGAAUGUUCUCAUCUUAGUGAUGCAUGUCAGAAGGCACAGAUCAGUUUAGAAAAAUGGUCUAAUAAACAUGAUGAGGCACUUAGUACUCAAGGGGAACAAGUCUCGGAGCUGUUCUUUGAGAAGAUGACGAAAGAUGUACCAACAGGUCAAACUCCAGUAAGACAAGAGUAUUCAUUUUCAAAGCUUCUGUCUUCUACGUCUCCUCAUGAAAGACUUCUGCAAAGAUAUCGAGCUGGAACUGUAACAACACUGUCAAGGAUCCCCCUUCCAAGCUAUACAGAUGAUACUGAGGAUGACACUGGACCUUCAUCAGCAGAGAGCUUACAUCUGUCAUCAGACUUUUCACAGCUAGAGGAUUUAGAAGGAAGAUCACAAGCAGAAUCUGCAUCUACAUCUAAGGGUGUAAGCAAGGUGUUCCUGGUCCCUAAUCCUCGUUUGCAACGGGAAGAUUCUGGUAUCCCUCUUUCCCGCUCCUCUUCAUCAUCAUCUCUCAAUGAUUACAAGGAAAAUAAAGAAAACAGCAAGUGGGCAGUGCGGCAAGGGAGUGCGAAAAACCGCGAAUUGAAAGUGCCUGGCAUAUAUAGUAGCUCCAGCUUAGAAAAGUUAGCAAACACAGAAGCCCAAGUACGAUCUAGAAGAGUUUUGGGCUUGCAAAACUAAUGACAUAUAACUUCAUGGUUCUGCUGAUUAAGAAAUCUUGAGAAUAAUAUGCAACUGGAUUAAUUAGAAUGUGAGGCAAGUGUGGCUGGUCUUUAUUGUUAUACAUUGUACUUGUUUACAUGUAGUAUAUGUAAAUGGACAGCGUGUCACUCUUGAGAGGCUGGUUCUGUACAGUUAUGUAUGAAAAUAAUAGCCUUAGUAGUUCAGAAUUUAAACCUACUGUGCUUCAACCAUGGUAGUGUAUGGCAUUUUUAAUAUGUUGUGAUUUUAUUUCAUAAAACAUAUUAAUUUUGUGAUCCAGUUGUUUUUUCUGCAUUACAGCAAAAGUUAAUAUACAUUUUAUGUUUUUACAAAUAAUCAGUUUGAAUAUACCAAGUUGGGAAGUUCAACUUAAGACAAUAAACAUUAUGUAAUUGCAACUUGGAAACUGUAUGUCAGAGCUUUUAGCAUGUUAUUGGCUUUCAGCUCUGAUCUUGUAUUGGUUUGGUAGAAGGUGAAAACAAUAAUAAUUAUGAUAUUUGCUGAUAAUAAAAAUGAUAAAAUAUUUUUUUCUUAUUGGGAGAAGCACUUAACUAAAUUUAAUGCUAGGGAUUUGCAGGUCUUUGAACCUUUUUAAUUCAUGAGGCAAUUAUCUGUGUACUGUAUAUAAAUAUUUUAUUACCCUAGCUAUUUUUCUUAUUUAUUUAACAGAUGGAUAAAUGCAUAAUUGUAAAUAAGAUGGAAUAGUUUAAGCCUUGGUGCUAAAAGCUUCUAUUCUUUUUACUCAACAUUAAGGAUUUGUUAGAAAUUUUCCAAAAUAGUAAAAAUGCAAUGAAUUUUUGCUCUUUCCAUAAUACAGUGUGAUAUGUUUUGUAUGCAUUAUCCUGUAUGAGUUUGAGGGGGAGGAUGUCUUCCCUCGACUUUUGACCCAUUAAUGGGUAUGAAAGUUCACAAUAUUGUUAGUGAAGAAAUUUGUGUACAAAAUUGUGGGGUCUUAAUUCAGUGACCCCUCUGACACCCUACAACUGUUGCCACUAGGUUAUGAUUAAAAAAAAAAAAAAAAAGCUUUCCAACAUAAGUCUUGUGAUGAAUGUUGUCUUAGGAAAAUACCAGCUUGUACAAUAAUUUGCACCUGGUUUCCUAGUGGUAAUAGUGGUGGAUUGAGGUGUUGCAGCAUUAGUUUUAAGUGCUUCGUGCUCAAAUUUAUUUCCCCAUAAAAUCUCACUUCAUGUAUAAUCAAACCUUAGAAUUAACAGGAAAAAAUCAAGCAGAUAUGUUUUCCAUACAUUCAUAACUUAAUAAUUUGCAUUUCAUGACCAAAUUCUACCAAAGAGGAAAGUGCUGCAUUUACAUUAAACAGUAAAGAAUGUUUUUGGUUAAAUACCAUAUGUUAUUAAAAGAUAAAUCACAUUUUGUGACAGCUAGUUGACCCUUUUGGGUUUAGUGCUUAAUUUGGUUAUUUUAUUAUAACAGCUCUUGUCAGCUUCUUUAUUAUGUAGAUUUAUUAGUGCUCCUAGAUAGGUUUUUAUAUAGAUGCAUGAUAUUGAGCUGCAGACCAUCAAAGAUACAUAACAUCAAUUUCAGCUAAUUCCAUAGCACAAGAUGGCUGACUCUUGAUGAUUCUCUAUAUUUCCUAAACAAAUUUUAUAAAACAAGUAGAAAAUAAUGCACACUAGUUGUGACCCAUAUAAGUAUAAGGACUUGUUUUUUUCUCUCAUAAAUGCACCAAUUGAUAAUAUACAUAAGGAAAUGUAUUAGAUACAGCAACAGUGAAAGGGGGAAAAAAGUGGUAGGAAAAAGUUUGGUGGUUAGUUACAUGUCUACUAAGGAGUGGUGGAUGACAGCUCCUCAGUUAUAACACUCAAACAUUGGCCUUCUGUAUUUAUCACAAGCGAAGUGCAGAAUGAAGAUAAGAGGUUCUGUUCUCAAGAAGCUACCUUACCUUUCAAGAGUUUCACUACUCUUGGAGCUGGACAGUUUCCUUCUACAGGUCCUGAAUUGUGAUAGCUAUAAGGACCUGUGGGCUGAUAGCACAAAUGGCCCAGUUGACAGUUGCCAGUGGUAUUCUAGCCUCAGGCUGGGUUAGGAGGGGGGGGGGGGGGUUAGAGCCCUGAAAACUGGUUACAGGCUGGAGUGAUGUGUAUUUAUGGUGAUGAGUGUAGGUGGUGUCCAUAUCCCUCACUCGUUUGGGAUCUGACUGGUUUCUGCGAAAUUGAGGGAGCCUUGCAGAUAUUACUCCAAACAUUGUAAUUUUCUGUAAAACUCAUAUGAUAAAUGCAUUUGAUUGUAGGUUUAGUGCUUCUCUUUUAUUAUAAUAAUAAUAAUUGCAUUUGAGGCUAAUGAUUAAAUGUGUUUAAUAGGCAGUGGAACGUUACUUAUACUGCUUGUCUUGGUGCAGACACACUGCCAUUUUCGGCUUCCCAUCCCUUAUUUUCCUAGCUUAUAAACUUCAUUUAUCUUUGUUCUUUAGUGGGCUAAUGUAGGUAUAGUUUCUACUGAAUUUCUAAAAGUUGUUCUAAAAAAAGGUGGGCUUUUAUUUGUGAGUAACCCUUGUGGGUGUAGUGCUUAAAUUUUUUUCUCAUUUCAUGCAUUUGUAUUAAAAAGUGUCUAGAAGCAACAUUGUUUGCAGUGUUCAGUGUAAAAGGAAGCCCACUAGUCUUUUUCAAAACUAAAGCCAAAACCAGCACCACAAAUAUCACCUGGUAUAAGUAAAAUUAUUUAAUAUUUUUUUGAAAAUACAGUGGACCCCCGGUUAAUGAUAUUUUUUCACUCCAGAAGUAUGUUCAGGUGCCAGUACUGACCGAAUUUGUUCCCAUAAGAAAUAUUGUGAAGUACAUUAGUCUAUUUCAGACCCCGAAACAUACACGUACAAAUGCACUUACAUAAAUACACUUACAUAAUUGGUCACAUUUGGAGGUAAUCGUUAUGCGGGGGUCCACUGUAUACUGUAUCUAAUUAAAUGCAUAAAGAUUCAGUAAUGGUCAUAUGGUGUAUGUGUAAUGGGUCUGGUCCUUAUUUGCCUUAUGAUGUUUUGGGAGAGGUGAUCAGAUUCAUUUUUAAUUUUUGGAUGAAAUAUACUGAUGUAGCAUAUAAAAAUAUAGUUGGGUGUUCUGUCAAACUAACUAGGUGGGUUAAAAGUGGGUCCCAUUCUCAAAUUUUUUUUUUUUUAGUGCUGCUACUCAGCCAUAGCAUGAAGGAUAUUUUUUGUUUUACUGUACAGCACAACUUAAACACGCUAGUUUUUUGUAUUGUGUAAUUUGUAAGUCUGUUCAUAGUAAUAUUGCUUAUUUUGCCAUAGUUAAUCUUAUAGUUCCUUCAUGUAGUUUUGUGAUUGAAUGUUUUUUGUAUGUCUGAAAUGAACUCAGGACUGUGUACGUGCAAGGUUCAAAUCUCUUACAAUGUGUAAUAUUAGGUUUAUUUUUAAAAUAUGCAGUUCUGUAUCAAAAUCCUCUGUGUACAGUUUUCAAGGUCCCUUUAUACGAGUUAAAAGUAUUAUAUCCUAGUACUAGGUAUAUGAAAAUGUAUAUACAGUAAAUUUUAAGCAAAUGGAA